AUGAGAGGCCUUUUCUUCCUCUCGCUGGCCGCCUAUGCUGCGGCGGCCCCCAGGGCAAAGGUCGGCACCAUCGACAAUGAUGCCGCGCCCAUCCUUUCGUCGUCCAACGCCGAGAUUGUCCCAAAUGCCUACAUCAUCAAGUUCAAGAAGCAUGUCACUCCCGAGGUGGCUGCGGCGCAUCACACCUGGAUCCAGGAGAUCCAUUCCGCCGCCGAGACCAGGCGCCUCGAUCUCAAGAAGCGCAGCCAGUUCCCUUUUGUUGACCAGGUCUUCCAUGGUCUGAAGCAUACCUACCAGAUCGGCCAGGAGUUCCUCGGUUAUGCCGGACACUUCGACGAUGAGACCAUCGAGCAAGUUCGCAGGCAUCCUGAUGUCGAGUACAUUGAGCGUGACACCAUCGUACAUACGAUGCGUUUCGAGGAGGCCAAGGAGGAGUGCCAUGGCGAGAUCGAGAAGAGCGCCCCAUGGGGUCUUGCUCGCAUCUCCCACCGCGAUACCCUAACAUUCUCUACCUUCAACAAGUACCUGUAUGCUGCUGAGGGCGGCGAGGGCGUCGAUGCUUAUGUUAUCGACACCGGCACCAACAUUGAGCACGUUGACUUCGAGGGCCGCGCCAAGUGGGGCAAGACCAUUCCCGCUGGUGAUGCCGACGUCGAUGGUAAUGGUCAUGGCACUCACUGCUCUGGUACUAUUGCCGGCAAGAAGUACGGUGUUGCCAAGAAGGCCAACAUCUAUGCUGUCAAGGUCCUUCGUUCUAACGGCUCCGGCACCAUGUCCGAUGUCGUCGCUGGUGUUGAGUGGGUUGCUACCCAGCAUCUGGAGAACGUCAAGCUCGCCAAGGCUGGUAAGCGCAAGGGUUUCAAGGGCUCUGUCGCCAACAUGUCGCUGGGUGGCGGCAAGACCCGUACCCUCGAUGACACCGUGAACGCUGCCGUCGCUGUUGGUGUCCACUUUGCGGUCGCCGCUGGCAACGACAACGCUGAUGCUUGCAACUACUCUCCCGCUGCUGCUGAGAGCGCCAUUACUGUUGGUGCUUCGGCCAUCGACGACAGCCGUGCCUACUUCUCCAACUAUGGCAAGUGCACCGACAUCUUUGCUCCUGGCCUCAGUAUUCUCUCGACAUGGAUUGGCAGCAAGUAUGCUACCAACACCAUCUCGGGCACCUCCAUGGCAUCCCCCCACAUCGCUGGUCUACUGGCCUAUUAUCUUUCCCUCCAGCCUUCUGAGGACUCCGAGUACUCGGUCGCUCCCAUCACGCCCAAGAAGAUGAAGGAGAACCUGCUCAAGAUUGCCACCGAGGGUGCCCUGAGCGAUCUACCCCGGGACACUCCCAACCUGCUCGCCUGGAACGGCGGUGGCUGCAGCAAUUACUCCGCCAUCAUUGAGGCCGGCGGUUACAAGGUUGAGCGCAAAAGCCAGUCCAGCAAGAUCGAGAUCCCCACCUCUUUUUCUGAUGUCGAGGAGGAGCUGAAGUCCAUCUCGAAGAAGGUCCACGAGGGUGCCUCGUCCUUUGCGGACAGGGCCAAGAAGUUCACCGAAAAGAUCCACAAGCUUGUGGAUGAGGAGUUGAAGGAGUUCAUCGAGGAGCUUGGCGCUUAA